UCUGGGCUGCUUUCAAUGCCCUGGGAUUGGCUGUUUGUUUGCUGGUGCUGAUGUCAGUGUGUGGUCUGGGUGGGUCUGUGGAUAGUCUGAGACAGAGGACAGAGUCCACAGAUCCUCUCACUCAGGCUGGUGCACCGGUGCAGUGUACGCUGCAGGGCACGCCUCGUGUGUCAGCUUUCUCGAAGGAUGGUGACUUUGUUAUUGGAGGCAUUUUCUCAAUUCAUUACCAACUUUAUACAGUGAUUUAUAAUUACACCACCAAGCCUGAGCCUCCCAGAUGCACAGGGAGCUUGAACUCUCGUGUCCUGCGCUUCUUGCGCACAAUGAUCUUUGCAAUUGAGCAAAUAAACAACAGUUCCCAGCUGCUCCCCGGCGUCAGUCUCGGAUAUCAGAUCUAUGACUCGUGCAUAGCGGUGCCGGUGGCCGCGCACGUUGCGUUUCAGCUGUCAAACGGCCAGGACCCCGUAUUUCUCCAAGGCGGGAACUGUUCACAGUCUGGCGUGGUGGCUGCUGUGGGAGACUCUGGAUCCACUCCAUCCAUCAGCAUUUCCCGCAUCUUCCGUUCCUUCAGCAUUCCAUUGGUGAGUCCAUUUGCCACCUGUGCCUGUUUGUCAGAUAAGCAGCAGCAUCCGACGUUUUUCAGAACCAUUCCCAGUGACCAGUUCCAAGCUGACGCGCUGGCCAAACUGGUGAAACACUUCGGCUGGACUUGGAUUGGCGCGGUGCGCUCCGACUCGGAUUAUGGAAAUUAUGGCAUGGCGUCCUUUCUCGACGCGGCGCUCAGAGAGGGGAUCUGCGUGGAGUACUCUGAAGCCUUCUACCGGACCGACCCGCCGAGCAAGAUCCAAAGACUUGCUGAUGUGAUCCGAAGAUCAACAGCCGUUGUUGUUGUGGCCUUUGCGGCCUCUGGUGACAUGAAGGUCCUGUUAGAGGAGCUGGCCCGGGACCCUCCUCCGGCUCGUCAGUGGAUCGGAAGUGAGGGCUGGGUGACGGAUCCUCACUUGAUGAGCUUCGGUUUUUGCGCGGGCGCCAUCGGAGUUGCCAUUCAGCAAGCUAUGAUCCCAGGGCUGAGAAACUUCCUCCUGGAUCUCUCUCCCUCAGACGUGGCUGCUUCCUCAGUGCUGACCGAGUUUUGGGAGGAGGCGUUCAACUGCAGUCUGACAGAAAACGCUGACUUGAGCAAAAGAGUGUGCGAUGGAACCGAAGACAUUCAAAGGCUUGAGAACCCGUACACUGAGACGUCUCAGUUGAGAGCGAGUAACAUGGUGUACAAGGCUGUUUAUGCGAUAGCUCAUGCUAUUCACAGUGCGGUGUGUGAGGAAAGGAACGCCAUCAUUCAGUGUGACAAACAUGUCAGCUUAGAGCCAAAACAGGUCUUCACUGAGUUAAAGAAAGUGAACUUUUCCAAAAAUGGCUAUCAUGUUUCUUUUGAUGAUAAAGGUGAUCCUGUAGCUUUUUACGAGUUGGUUAACUGGCAAAGGAAUGAAAAUGGAGUUAUUGAGCUGGUAACAGUGGGCUUUUAUGACGCAUCACUGCCGAGGGGAGAGCAGUUCCGUAUCAACGGGAACUUAAUCUGGCUGGACGGUGGAACACAAGUUCCAGCGUCCAUUUGCUCAGAGAGUUGUCCUCCAGGAACUCGUAAAGUGUUGCAGAAAGGAAAACCAACCUGC